GCUAGUACCGGUACGAGUACUACAAAAAGACUAGAUCUACAAUCUUGCAAGGUCAACGACAACGGUGUCUAGUCUCUCCAUCGUCUCCUCCACUGCUGCCCUGCUCCAACUCGGAUGACUUGUUGUUUUGUUCUCGACAGCGAUCUAGCGAGUGGCCGGUUGUCGCUCGUUGAUCCACAUGUAGGGCUCUGUCCUCAUUAUUAUGAGUCUUGACCCAUACUGGCCAUAGUCAUACGAAGAAUGAAUGGCCUGGAGUCGGGACCGGGAAGUAGUUUGAAUGCUUCGCGCGCUUGCUGACCUCGUUCAUGGUCCGGAACAUUUCGCCACGCCGCUAGAACAUAGUAAACGGAGUAAACGUGAUGCCUUUGAAGUCGCUACGAGUGUAACGUUAUGGUUAUUGGGCACUUGCUUUCUCGGCUUCCGAGACGGACUGCAGCACUCUGCAGUUCAGGCUGAGACCACAGAGUUACUCAUACAGCGGGCUUGUGGACGGAGAGAAAGAAUGCAGAAUUGUAAUUCCUAACUCACGGUUUUAAAUCAUUGAAGGCAGCUGCUGUGCAAUGCUACUGCCACCAGUGGCUAGCAAGACGCUAGUCCAGUGAGCUGAUAUUAUCUGACAUGCAGCACAGCGUAGACCGGCACUGCGAGCUCUGUACAUGAGUUGUUUUCAUUGUGUUGCAUGUGAUCGGAGCGGCGCCCUAUGCACCCCGACACACACACACACACACACACACACACACACACACACACACACACACACACACACACACACACACACACGACCUGACACAGCAGCCGGUGCAUGAUGGGCAAGCGCAAGCGAUUGUUUGCUCUGCUGCGGAGCGGCGGCAAUGGGGCGACCGCCAGCACUCGAGAUAACGAUGUGGAUGCAGCGGUGGACUCAGCCAGUCGCCACCACUCAGCCGGGGAGUCAGCGGGGGAUCCCGGAGCGGCGACACCGAACGACACCUUCGAGCCCGCAGGCACUGCUGGUAUGGAUGCAGGCGAUACUGCUCCCAGCAUUCCUCUCCGGGAACCUACAGCAGCAGCAGCCACCCAGCCAGCAGACAGUCACAUGGCACAGCAAGUACAUUCCGCUUUGAACCAUGAUGUAAGCGAUGACAUCAUCCGGUCAUUGGUCGCCGGCCUGAUACCAGACAUGGGGUCAUUAUCGGGCACGCGUACGCCUAGCACAGGCGAGCAGCGGCGGAGGCAACACCACCAACAGCAGCAGCAAUGCAACAGCAGUCAAGUCGUGCAGAUCACCGAGCGGUAUUUGAAGCGGCACGGUGUCAUACCUGAGCUGGCUUGCAUGGUUAGCCGUGCCCUGAGCGGCUCACACCUGCCGUUCACGCCAUACUCACAGCUACGUCACUUAGCACUGGUUAAACAUGAGAGAUCACGGUUGGCAGUUGGCGACCAUUAUCAACCCAAACUGAUCCCGGUGUUGUUUGCGCCGGAAGGAGUUGGGCUGCUUGUCUCGGACAACCGUCGGCUAGUGUGGGGCUUGGAGCGCAUUGUUCAGUUUGCUUGUCCACCCAAGGUCGUCGAGCUACGCUGGCUGGUUGAAUCGCUCGCUGCAGUGGCGCAAGCUGCAAUCAAGCCGAAGGAAGACUUUGAUUGUUUGGUGGUGGGGUCAGUCAAUGGUAGCUUCAUCUUCAGAGGGUCGCUACUGGAGCAUGCCGUCAACUUGGAAGUGCAACUAGACUAUUUGCUGUGGGGCCCGUCAAAAGAUCAGGCACUGGAGCUGUUUGCCGCCGCAGUAGUGGCGGAUGUUCUGGCAAUGAACAAAGCCUCCAAGCACAUUGUCCUUGGGAUGCAUUUGACAUCAGCGAGUGGAGAAGUGAACAUGUGGAAGAUACCUGACUUGCUGAGGCGUGUGGAGGAUUUCAAGACGGCCGUCUGCACUACAAUAAAUUCAAAAGCGACAUGUGUGCUAGAGUGUAUAUACGGAACCAGUGAGUACGGAUUUCCCUACGAGUGCGGCACUAAAGUGUACCAGCUCAACUUGGUCAAGACGGCUGAUAAGGCUGCCAGUGAACGUGAAAGACUGUUCAUCUUUGCACCUCCUCCGCUUGCCUCCCUGCACCAAGGCGUGUUUGUCAGCCAGAGUACAAUCACCAGCUAUCUGGCCAUGUUCCUACCGAGUGAGGAGGAAGAAGCUGAUAUCGUUCUGAACACUGACAGCUUGGAAAGUCGGUUCCUGCACCCCAAUCAACCAUCUGUGCUGCGCUGGCUCCGGAGGAUAUACCGUGCUCAGCUCACGCAAUCAAUACUGCACAGGGACAGGGACAUGGAUAUGCUGACAUCCCUGCCGUGCUGUUUGUUCAGUAUACUACUGGAAGAACGACCGACCGACCAGUCACUGGCAGUUCUUCAGGCUGUUCACCGCCUGUCGGCCAGCACUGCUGCAAAGCUGCACCGACUGCUGCAUCACCUGAACAGUAUGCAAGCUGCCAUCGCGAGGAACACUGCAGAACAGCUGGGCACAGAAGAGAAGUAUGAUCAAUGUCUGCAGGGAAUCUUGCAGCUAGUCACACGGGAUAUGCCCAUAGACUACGGUCAGCAUGACUCGGCCAGAGUGGACCCACUAUGUGAAGUGUUGGCCUAUCGAGAGUGUCAUGCAGAGGUGCGCAAGCUGACCGGGGUGGAAGCAUUGGACAAACAGGUUAUGCGUGGACUAAAGAAGCUCACCUCGCUGAUUGAACUGAUGCUGAGUCAAGCACUGGAGUACGUCCAGGACUGUUGCUCCACUAUAAAGGAAUAUGUCAAAGGCCUGCACAGAGGAAGGAGGUUGCCUUCGUCAUCAAGACCAGCCGCGGAUGUUUCACACGAUGGUGUCAGUGGUUCUGCCGCAGGGUCUGCACAAACGAAAAAGCCAUCAUCUCAGUCCACACCGGUACCGGCAUUGCUAGAAGCAGUGGAUCACGUUGCCAACGGAGUGGCAGAGCCCAGAGGAUUUGACAUGUUUGUACUGGACUUGGCAAGCGGGCAAGCAAGUGCAAGCAUGGUCGGUGACAUGAGACUGCAGUAUUGUGCAGAUGUGCGCCUGGAUCAGGUGCUCGAGCACUUCCUGUUGGAAAUCUGCUCCGGCCGCUUCUUUCCCAAGUCGCCGUGGGGAAUACUCAGCGAGGAAUGCCUUGCAGCUAUGUACAGGUUCUGCCUGCGGCAAACUCGUCAGAAGACAGUCUUGGCUACUUUGCUGAAGCCGCAGUCUCCCCUGCAGGUCUGCAAUCCCGACACCGGUGUGUGUACGCUUACAGGGACCACGGCAUUCGGGCUGAAGAGCGCUGUACUCUGCUGCCACUCUGCUCACAUUGCCUGGUGUCAGCAUGUAGCCAGUAUGCUCACCUGCCAGAACAUACAGAUACAAGAGAGCAAGUUCAAGGUCUCCAAUAGAGUGACGGUCAACGACCUGUCCCUGCUAUGCGGCUCAUUGCUACCAUUCAACACGGCCGUGACCAUCCAGGAACACUUCUACAUCCAGGAUGGUGGAGAGCCAGACGAGCAAGCGGUGGCACCCAUGUUUGCUGCUGUCAUUGUGCAGGAUGUCAAGCAGCUUCUUCUCAGCGAUGAGGUCGUGUUGAUGUCGCUUGACUGCGGCAGCAAGCGGUGGACAGCGGCAAUGCUAAGAGAUCUCAUAGCGCAGAGUCCGAGGCUAAGCACUCUAAAAGCUGAGCUGGCAUCCAAGGUUCUCACAUGUAGCAAAAUCUGGAUUGAGGUGUACGUGGAAAGAGACUGGCGUCAUGUGCGCGUGGAGAAGAGAUACGUGAUGCAUUGGCUGUUCAAGGACAACAGCCUUAACAGCCUAAGCACGUUCACGUCUGAAGAUGAAGCGAACCUGGAGCGCUGCCUGACAGUAUUUCCGUCAGCACUGCAGGCAACGGCUCACUUCCGCCUGGUCUAUUCCAAGGCGGGCGUGUUGGUAUCACCGCGUGCGCCAGACCGUUGGAAGGAGAUUGUGCAGUCUGCGUGGAGCGAGGUCAUAGAUACUGUCACUGUGCUGGCCAAGAAGGGCACGGGAAAGGCUGUACUGCAAGCGGUGCGUUGGAUGUCAGUGGGAUGCAUCAUUCAACAGCAAGACAUGUCACUGUUGUCGCUGGAGUGCUGGCGUGUAUGCCAGAGCUUGGCGGCAACACUGGAUUACUUGCUAGUGCUCUGCGAUGAUGCAAUAGCACUACUAGAGAUACUGUCUGAGAGUGUAGCGCAGACUCAGGAGAGUCGCCGCGAGUCAACAGCCAGGAAGCAAUUCAAGGUCAUCGGCACUGGUAAACUGAUGAAGAUGAUCAUGCACUUCUACGCAAAGUGCCAUGAGAGCCUGUCCAGCAGCUUCUUCCAGUUGUCUGGCCAGUAUGUGAGUGGCUUUGAAGAGAAAGCACUGUCGAUGACAAGAGACCCACCAAAUCUGGUGUCAGGACCGAAUCGAGCACAGGUAUCGGACGAGCUACGCACGAUCCGCGUCACUCUUGACCUGAAGCUGACCGAGAUUGUGCACCACCUGGUCACUGUGAGUCCAGAGCUGUGCGCCUUUCUGCAGUCGUGUGGCUGGCCGGGCAGGCCAUGGCAGUUACAGGAUCCGGUGCUGCAUGCAAUGGAGACAAGUAGCCACAGCACUGCUAGUCAGAGUAGUAGGCGAACUGUGCACAGCUCACUGUCGGUGUUCAGCUCUUAUGAGAAUUCCCUCUCCAGUGCUGCCUGCCUAUCCACGCCGGGCAGCCUGAGCCCGAGUGCAUCACAGCGUGAGCCGCAGACAACCCGGCAGCUGCCAUCCGUACGCCGUAGCGAAGUGAGUCGGGAUCAACAAACGCUAAGUCCCUCCGCCGAGGAGCAGUUGCAGCAUCUGUGGUGUUGAGGUCUACUAGUAUUAGACAAGCACUACAACACAACUGCGGCAAGCCCUUUCUUUCUCUCACUCUCAGUUCCACACCGAUUGAAUCUCCACAGUCACACAAAGAAACAGUACAUCGUAGAAACCGUGCACACUAUGCAGUCUGGAUACAACGACCUGGAAAACAGUAUGCACUUUACCAGGUUAAACACGAACUGAGGCACAAAGGAGGUGUGUAGACAUAACUGAGUUCUAUGGCGGUGCACUGUCAAGGAGAUUCAAGAGCAAAGGAGAUUUCCAAACAAGCCGGUUGCACGGUUCUCCACUGCCUGGUUCUCCAUUCUUCUCGUCACGUGCCUCUUAGCGACGGCACCGUGCAUCAUCACAGCCGCCUUGACUUGACUUGUUGAUACUUCAAACUGUACUAGUACUGUACCACAUCCAGGGCAGGCAAGCUGUGGCUUCUAUUCACGUCAGGCUUCUAUUCAAACCACUGAGGUAUUUCUAUGUGUGUCCACAGUAAAACCAGGCUUAUAUGCUGGCAGUGUAUCUUGAAAAUCAGGCUUUUAUUCAAAACAGGAUUCUAUACGAGACCGGCUUUAAUACAAGACACUACGGUAUGUUAUCAUGGCAUGCGAUGAUUUGUACACAGUCUCGUACAGGUAUGUAGCAGACGGGCUAUAUGCAGCUUGAGAUUACACCCGUAGUAUUCAGCUCUAUUUUCAUGUUCUGCUGAUGCUCAACUUAUUCAGCACUUGAUUUCAGCCUGCAGAAGUAUGGAUGCUGUGUGCACA